AGGCGGAGUCGGAGCCGGAGCCGGGGUCGGGGUGGCGCGGCGGGGAGCGGAGGGGCCGCGCCGCGCCGCGAUGUGGCAGAGGUCGGUGUGCGUGGGCCUCCUGGCCCUGGCGCUGGGCUACCUCUGUCUCCUGGGCCCGGAGCUGCCCCACUCGGCGCUGCAGCACCUCACCGCCUCGCUGCUGGGGGGGCUGCGCCGCGCCCGCUCCCUGGAGGGCCGCAUGGUGGCUGCCUGGCAGGCGGCCAUCGUCCGCCCGGCGCGCGGGUGGGCGCGCGUCGCCGUCGGUGUCAACGCCUGCGUAGACGUGGUUCUGUCCGGUGUGAAGUUGUUAGAAGCACUCGGUCUUGAACCUGGGGACAGAAAAAAUCAUGCAGUUUUGAACUCCAAGCAGGAUCUGAAAGAAGCAUUUGCUCACUUCAUGGAAAAAGGAGCAGCUGCAGAGCGCUUCUUCAGCAACACGGAGUCUUUCCAUCACAUUGCACAGACAGCCUCCGAGUUCCCCGGUGCACAGCUUUACGUGGGAGGAAACGCAGCUCUCAUUGGUCAGAAGCUUGCAAUGAAUCCAGAACUGAAGGUCCUUCUUUGUGGCCCAGUUGGCCCUAAACUCCAUGAACUACUUGAUGACAAUGUGGUUGUGCCACCUGAAUCCAUGCAGGAAAGGGAUGAAUUCCAUCUUAUCUUGGAGUAUCAAGCAGGUGAAGAGUGGGGACAAGUGAGAGCACCCACUGCCAACCGCUUUAUCUUCUCCCAUGACCUAUCAAAUGGAGCCUUAAAUAUGCUGGAAGUGUUUGUGUCCAGCUUGGAUGAAUUUCAGCCAGAUCUGGUGGUACUUUCGGGACUUCACAUGAUGGAAGGCCAGAGCAAGGAGAUGCGGCAGAGACGACUUAUGGAGGCUGUGGCUUCCAUCUCGGAUAUCCCUACUGACAUUCCCAUACACCUGGAGCUGGCCAGUAUGACCGAUCAAGAUUUUAUGAGCAACAUUAUGCAUCAGCAGGUCUUUCCCCUGGUAAACUCCAUUGGGCUGAAUGAACAGGAGCUGCUGUUCCUCACACACUCUGCCUCUGGUCCCCAUGCCUCCCUUACCUCCUGGAGCGGUGUUCCCGACGUGGGUGUCGUCAGCGACAUCCUCUUCUGGAUCCUGAAGGAGCACGGGAAGACAGCAGAGAAGGCCUCUGAUCUCACACGGAUCCACUUCCACACCCUGGCCUAUCACAUCCUGGUCACAGUGGAUGGCUACUGGGGCAACCAGGUUGCUGCUGUGGCAGCUGGAGCCAGAGUAGCAGGGACUCAGGCCUGUGCCACCGAAACCAUCGAUGCCAACAGAGUCUUUCUUAAAGCUCCUUUGGAGUUUGUGACCUCCCAGAUUGAGACGCCUUCCAAAAUCUCUUUAAAUCCAGAUGAGCCAGUGGUGCACUGGCACAGAGAAGGCAUCUCGUUCCAUUUCACUCCUGUUUUGGUGUGUAAAAAUCCUGUCCGGACCGUGGGCCUUGGGGAUGCUAUUUCAGCUGAAGGACUGCUAUACUCAGAAGUAUAUCCGCAGUAGAAGGCCAAGACCUUCCUUCUUCUCUGAAGAACCGUGGUGUCCUCAUAAGGAUUUGAGGCAUGGGUGAAAAGGAAUAGGAACAGAAUUGGGGUGUGAUGUGUUUUCUGGACAGAACUGAGAAAGAGCCAAAGAAUAAUUCCAGGUAUAAACUGUCCAAUACAUUCCAGUCACUUGACAGUGACUCGAAGGCUUCAAAAUGUAGGUGCAGACAUUUUACUAUUUAAUGUGAAAACUGGCAUUGUCUUAACCAUGUGGGGAGGGAAAUGAAUCUCAAAAAUCCUGGUUUGGCUUCGGUUUGCUGUUUGUAGCUCCAAAUGGGUCUGGUCUGUUACUGUUGGGAAGGAUGGUAACCGGAAGAUUGCUGCAAGCGGGCCCUAGGGAGAGCACAGCAGUGCUCAGGCUGCCCUUGCCUUGGAGAAAUGAGUAAUAAAAGGCUCUUGUGUUAUCUCCUCACAGCACAUUGCUAUAUGGCAAGAGCAAACCCUCUGCCUGUGUGAUAUGAAAUCUUUUGCUGAUGAAAUUACCUCUCACCCUCGAUGUCCUCAGCCCUGGGAGGAGCCAAGGUCCUGAAAUGUGACACACACCAUACCUGCUCCUUCAAUGCACAAAAAAAAACUUGACUCCAGGCUGCCUACAUUCUUGUAGGUAUCUUGUCUCUGUGACUGAGGGUAUUCAGCUGAGCCCUCGUGCUUAGUUUUUGGGCAAGUAGAGGUGAAGAUGAUCAGGCUUUGUAUUUGGGGAGAUGGCUUUAUUUUCUUGCCAGGGAAACAGCACCACAUUACCUGUGUUUGCUGUACACCAAAUCGCCAGAGUUCAGGGCUCACAGCUGGUGUUCUUGGUUAAUAUGGAGCUUCUUGUAUUUGACAUAAAAGCUACUGAGUGCUGGAGUCUGAUUAUUUUUUUUUUAAUUUUUUUUUUUCCUGUUUGAGAAGGGCUGUGCAGUUUUCUUCUGUGCCCUUCACUUAGGAGGGUUAAUAUACCAGGGACGGCCCUUCUGGCUAUAAAAAAAAAAAGCUAUGACUUUUCCAGGUAAGACUAAGUGAGGAGGGAUUUUUAAGCUUUGAUGUUGGUUUUCUUCCUUUGACUACGUCCUGUAGUUUCUUUGCUCUGGGCAGCCUUUGAAAUUAAAGAAGUACAACUGUGUGUCCUUAA